CCGAAGAGGUGGAUCACCCCCCAGCUGACGCCGGCAUGGGGGUAGACGUGUUGGAAUCGGGUGACACCACACCUCCUACAAAGAGGAAAAGCAAGUUCUCAAGUUUUGGCAAGAUCUUCAAACCCUGGAAGUGGAGGAAAAAGAAAAGCAGUGACAAAUUUAAGGAGACUUCGGAAGUUUUAGAACGAAAGAUUUCUAUGCGAAAGCCAAGAGAGGAGCUGGUAAAAAGAGGGGUUCUGUUGGAAGACCCUGAGCAGGAUGGUGAAGAACCAGACAAGCUCAACCCACCGGCGCUGAAGAACGGCCACACAGUCCCAAUCGGUGGUCCCGGGGUUUGUAACCUGGCCAGCCAGGAAGAAGAGGCCACAAGGCCACCCAGCCUUAGGAAGCCUGUUCCAGCUGAGGAACCAAAGAAAAGGCAGGGCUCAUCCAGCAGCCACUCUGGGCCCGAAUUGGAACCACCUCAGGAGCCGUAUGUUCCCAGGCAGCCUCUGCUUCCUCCAAAAAGACCUCCCUCCACUUCCCAGGAGGCAAACGAAGCACAGGCCAAGGAUCCCCUGCCUGCCGGCAGCGUUGCAAAGACUGUACCUUCCACCACAGCCCCCGUUGCAACAAAGACGGUCAAUUCCGCAGCUGCCCCUUCCCCAGCCCCCAGGACUCUGCCCCCUACUCUUGCCAGUGCCAACACUACUGCUCCCACGAGUACAACCAGCACCGCUCCUGCCAAACAGCCUCCCGUCCCUCCUCCCAAACCUGUCAACAGAAAUAGCAACUCGGUAAUAGGUGCAGGGAGAGGGGAAGGCAUUUCUCCGUCAACGCUGCUGGCACUGGAAGUGCGCCGGCGCUCAUUGCAGGAGGUGUUUGUGGAACACAAAGUGCGGCUGGAGACAGGG